CUCACCCUCUUUACCCCCGCCUACUGCUUCAUACUGUUUUUAACCCUAUGCGCUAUAUACAGCGAUGAUUAUCGCCCAUUGUGAGGGAAGCAUAUCCUACUGAAAAAUACCGAUAAUAAACAGGCUACCUCAAAAAUGACUCUGAUUUAUUUACCAUUUUGACUUUUACGUUUAUACCAGAGAGAAUAGUGAAGAUGGGCUGCUGCUCGGGGAGGUGUAUGUUGAUGUUCUUCUGCGCUCUUCAGCUGAUCACUGCUGUGGAGAGACAGGUGUUUGACUUUCUAGGUUACCAGUGGGCGCCGAUCCUUGUCAACUUCCUGCACGUCAUUGUGGUGAUUUUGGGCUUGUUUGGGACAGUCCAGUAUAAGCCCCGCUAUGUAGUUUUGUAUAUAGUCUGGACCGUGUUUUGGGUGACUUGGAAUGUCUUUAUCUGUUGCCUUUAUCUAGAUCUUGGAGGGCUUUCAAAGGACAGCGAUUAUCUGUCACUGGGACUUUCAUCUUACCGCUCAUGGUGGAAGGACAACGGUCCGGGCUGUGAGAACAGAAACCUCCCAACCACUAGAUGGCAGCAUCUGGAAAGUCCUGCUCUGGUCUCGGAGCUGGGCUGUGUGUUAGAGUAUCAGUACAUCGAAGUUAUGCACAGCGCCCUGCAACUGUUCAUUUCUGCCCUGGGAUUUGUAUUUGCCUGCUAUGUCGUCAACAUCUUCAAUGAAGAGGAAGACACAUGUUUUUUUGUAUAAGUGACAGUGUCUGGAUCUUAUCAUCACCUCAAGAGAGAGAAAAGAAACGUUGAGAAAGAAAGGGGAUGGAAGAAAAGGACAUUAGCUGUUCUCAGAAUGGAUUCCAAAUUAUGUAUAUAUGUAUAAACAAUACACACAACCUCAGAAAAUAAGAGUGAUGCGAAUAUGAACGUAAAAAUGCAUAUGUGUGUUUUAUUAUUUUAUAACAGCUGAACAAGAAGCAAGUCACAAGGUAUUUGUAAAACUAUUAAUUUAAAGCAAAGGAUUCUGUCAUGAACCUCACAUGCUUUUAUGAAUACGUAUUUAUUUUCCUUUCAGGAUAUGAUUUUUCUAUGAAACAAUUUUGCAUAGCAUUUUAAGUAUGUGGAUUCUAAUUUGAAAGGUCAAAUGGUAGUCUAUAUUUUGUACGUGUUAAACAUAUUGUUAAGAUCUCUUUCAGUUUAACGAUUUAAUAGUGGAGAUUAAAUGAAGAAGAAUGAAUUGCUUUACAUGCACUUGUGUGUCACAGCACAAGGCUUUUAAAUGUUUAAUGAUCAACAUCUGUCUCUUUUACUAUCGAUAACACGAGCCAUAUUUGUGUGAGUGUGUAUAGGAAAGAGCAAUUAUAAUACCUGCAUGUACUGGUAUGUGUCUUAUGGCCCAAAGAAUACAGAAACGUUGUAACACACCAGACAUCAAACCUCAUUUUGUAAAUGUAAAUAAAACAACAUUUACUAAGCACUGUAUUUUGAAUGCCGACACUAUAUUAUAUUUUCUUUUGUUAAAUUAUACAUGUAUCUUAAUAAACAUGUGAU